UCAAUAAAAACACUUCCGUUUUUGAGUUGGAGGAGCACACUUGCAUGUGAAGAAGUCAGUUGCCUGUAACUUUGCUGAAUAUACAUUUUAAAUUAGUUCAGUCUUCAGAAUUUAUUUCAAAAGCAGAGUCCCUGAUUCCAACAUAGAUAUACUCCCUGAUAAUGGAUGCUUCUGCAGGAAACAAUCCUCCUCAUCCAUUCUGGCCCCAGGACCUUGUGAUUCCCAACUAUGUGGCCAAUGAUCGGUCCAUGACAGAGAUUCUGGUGUUCCUCUUCUCUGUUUCUGGGGUGUUUCUGCUUGUCACCUGGCUGAUCAGUGGGAUCAACCACUCCCUGGGAACAUGGAGGCGCCUGGCCAUCUGUUGGUUUGCAGUUUGUGGAUUUAUCCAUAGCAUUAUUGAGGGCUGGUUUACUCUUUAUUACAACAUUAUACCAGGGGACCAAAGCUUUCUUUCACAACUGUGGAAAGAGUACUCCAAAGGGGACAGUAGAUAUGUUAUAGCUGAUAACUUUACUGUCUGUAUGGAGACCGUGACUGCUGUCCUAUGGGGUCCAUUCAGUUUUUGGGCUGUUUAUUCCUUUAUAACUGCAAAGUCCUACAGAUUUGUUCUGCAGCUCAUCAUUUCACUUGGUCAGCUUUAUGGAGCAGUGUUGUACUUCUUCACAGAGCACAGGGAUGGCUAUGCCCACAGCGAGUACGGACAUCCUAUCUACUUUUGGUUCUACUUUGUCUUCAUGAAUUUCCUUUGGAUCAUUAUUCCAUUGAUACUCAUUUUGGAUGCGUGGAGACAGUUAUCUGCAGCCCAGACAUAUGUGGACACCUCUAGGACACAGAAGACUAAAAGAAAGUAAUCUAUAUUAAUCACAACAAUGUGGGACAUUGGGGGAAUUAAAUCAAAAUGUCUUCAAGACAAAUGAAAAUGAACUGUAGUCCUUUGCUUAUGUUGUAUUAUUAAGGUGAUUGUCCAAUGAAUGCCAGCAAGCUCAGAGUUUUGGUUUUGUUGCCGUUUGCAAGUUUGUUUUUAUUACAGAUUAAAUAAAAUGAUUAAAUAAAAAAAUUGCUUUUAUACUGUUGUUUGUUAAUAAACUUUAGUUUGUGAUUAGCCUGAAUACUAUCUUAAUAUCUACACAGUUAAGCGCAUAGGUGAUUAACAUUCAAUCUUGUGAUAAGUACAUGAAAGCAUUGGUGGGAUAACAAACAGAUGCAGUGGUGGCUUUUUAAAAACUUGUUAUAUGGAGAAUUAGGUCUUCUGUGUUGGAAGUUUAUAUUCUUGAUAUUCUGUAAAACAGGGCAAAAUCCUAACUGAUAAUCAACCCAUUCGUGCCUGUCUCUUGGAAUCUGCAUGUUAAUAUUUUAAUCUGAAAUAUUGUCAGAAUGACACUGGUGUUUUUUGUUGACUGGACACAAAUUAAAAUU